CACAUUUCCAAGGGCCGAAAAACGCUGGAUAUGCCGCCGAGCAACAACUCGGUGGGCCAGGCUUUGGUCUACCUCCGGCCACUUCGCCAUAUGUACUUCCAUCAUUUAUCUCCGUUCUUUCCACAACUAACCCCAUCCAGGUUCGACGUGGUCACUACCGUGCCAGUGUUGAACGACGACGGCACGUCGCUCGGGUCCCUAGUCAUUCACGUGCGUCCAUCUGUGAAAGCCACGCCAUCUGACGCUCUCAAGAGCCGCGGCAACAACGCUAAGCUCGUACCCGGAGAUGUGGACGACUUGUCGGACGACGAGGCAGACGAUCUCACGGCUCUGGACGGGGCGUUCCUGUGGAUCUUCAUCGAUGUCCACGUGGACCCAUCCACGCCGUCGCAACUUCUGACCAACUCGUCCAAGUACCGCGUCUCAUACACCUUUUUCCAGUCCAACGCGCAACUUUUCCCGCUAGAACAUACACAUGUGCUCAAAGUGCUGGUGACACCACCGUUCGUGGACUACGUGAGUGCGGAUAUGAUGAGCUUUGACGUGGUACCCCAUGUCGACUCCUUGGACACUACGGCGCCAUGCAAGGACGACUCCAUGUCGCACACAGCCUUGUUGGAGGAAAUCCAGCGAGAUAAAGCAAAGUUGGCCCAACAGCACGAAGCCGAGAAGCAACGAAACGACCAAUUAUGUGGGGAAUUGAGCAAAUUAAUCGACCAUGUCAAGGACCAGGAAGGCGCGAUGUUGCAGCAGGUUAAGACGGGUCAAUCGGCGACGACCGAAGUCGUGAGGCUACAGGAAAAGGCGAGGGCGGACGCACGCGAAAAGGAGCUCCUGCUCAAACAAGUUACGGACGCCGACUCCAAGUACCAGACGCUUCUCGACAGCGCCAACAAUAAAUCCAAAGCGUGUUUAAUACAAUAAACCUAUCGAUGCAAUGCAGCAGGUUGAGGCGGCUUUCGAUCCAUUGCAUCCACAAGUGACGGCGACAGCGCCACCAGGCGAAGCGUCGCGACGUCCGCCUCGCCUUGCCGAAGGUAUGCCGCGGCCUUGACAGGGUCUUGUUCGUGUCGACGUAAGCGAAGUAUCUCUCGGGCAUUAAACCGGAUCUUCUUUCCCAUCAGAGGUGGAAACUCUCGAGCCACGCGACACACUUGCCGGUACAAGCCCACGCCGUUGGUCGCCAUGUUCCUUUGAAGCAAGCAUCCGGAUAAAGCAUCAAGAUGGUCAUACUGGUCGAAAUACACGUAGUACUAACUUGUCCGAAUAAGGUGCGCAUUUGUAUUAGAUUCGUACCUUUAAAAUACCAUUACCUGUCGAAAUACAAUGUACGAG